CUCAGUCACGUGAUCCACUCUGAGUCUGAGCGAGUCUCGGCUCCUCGUUCAUCAGGGGAAAAAUGCAGAGAAACUGGAAGAAAAAGGUUCAGUUCUUUUAAAAAAUGAGAUCGAACAUUCAUGUCAAGGAGCCGUUCAAAAGAGCCGACUCUUUUACGAACGACACAUCACUGCUGCACCGUUCACGGCUCCGACGGGCGGUAGGACACCGGAGAAUCACGUCCAGGAGCGUUUCAUCCAAUGCUUUGAGCUGUUUCAACAUGGCCCCUGCCUCUGGAGCCAGAGCUGCAGAGAAAAGACCUUUAUAUGUCCACAGGAGGGUUUAAGGAGCCCAGAGCUGUCCCUGUGCAUGUCCCUGUCCCUGUCCCUGUGCGUGUCCAGGCCUGAUGAGGAGCUAACACUGUUAGCAUUAGCAUUAGCUGCACUAGCUCCUCUGACUCUGUGCAGCUAUGGGCCCAGAUCCAGCAGAUUCUGCAGAUUCCGCCUGUAAACACGAGUCCUCUGAUGACGACUACGUUGAAGACGACUCUAGUGAAGAAUCGACAGAUAAUGAGCAUGAACCUGCCGUGCCCGUGUCAAACAAGUGCUGUGUGGUCAAAGAGGAGGAGGACGAGGACGUGUCUAUUCAGAACAAGAGCACACAGGACAAAGGAGACAAGCGUCCCUGUUCAGACUGCAUCAAAGUGUUCGGCCCGUCCUCGGACUUGAUUUGGCACAGGACCAGAUCGACGUGCGCCAAGAAGCCGCGUGUUCUUCACCGCUGUUCCUUUUGCAGCAAACCUUUCAACAGACACAGCCACCUGGUGCGACACGAGCGCGUUCACACCGGGGAGAAGCCGUUCACCUGCUCCGUCUGCGGCAAGCGUUUUGCUCAACUCAGAAGCUGCAGCUCGCACGAGAAAACCCACGAGCCCGCGUACGAGAGCCGCGAGAGGACGCACAAGUGUGACCUCUGCGACAGGGCGUUCACCGAGGCUAAAGUCCUGCGCCGACAUUUCCGAUCUCACACGGGAGAGCGGCCGUACGAGUGCAGCGAGUGUGCCAAAUGCUUCUCCCGCUCCGAAGGACUCCGCCGACACAUGAGGAGCCACACGGGGGAGCGGCCGUUCACCUGCGCCGUUUGUAAAAAGGCGUUUUACUCACGAACGGACCUGAACAUUCACAUGCUCACGCACUCGGGAGAGAAGCCACACGUGUGCUCUGUGUGCGGUAAAAGUUUCGCUCAGGCGGGCAACAUGAGAAUACACGAGCAGACCGUCCACUCCGAGAAUCGCCAGUUCAGCUGCAACGAGUGCGGGUCGACGUUUAAAGAGUACAGGACGAUGAGAAUGCACCAGAGGAUCCACACGGGCGAAAAGCCGUACGUGUGCUUACCCUGCGGCGUCAGCUUCUUCUGGAGUCACGCGUUAAGUCGGCACAAGAGGUCGGACGCACAUAAGAAAAAGUUAUCGGAGAGCGGGGAUUUGGAGAGUACAUGAAUCUGUCUAACGAAGUGUGUGAUGUUUAAUUAUUUGUACAAGAAUUGCAAUAAAGAAAAUCUUGUUUUACCUUCACGUAAAUCAGACGUGUUCUGCU